AAGUUAAUUUGCAAAAUUUCUUCCAGUCAUCAGCUUCAAUUCAGCACUGCAACAACUCGUGAACGUGUCGUGAAAAUGGCACCUAAUAAUCACAACUACAAUGCGGAUGAAUUGGAGGCACCCGCUUGGCUGAACGAUGAUUUCUUCAUCAAGGUAUUGCGGAACUUCGAAACAGAUGCCAAGGAACUGCGGCUGAGAAAGACCGAACUAUCGCCGGCAACAUUGAAGGGCGAUCACUAUGCGAGCGUUAUGUUUCGCGCAACUGUGGAGUAUGAGUGUGACGGAGAGAAUAAAUGCCAAAGGAUGAUUAUGAAAACAAUGCCAGAAGUGGAUGGGCAUAAGAAGGAAAUGUUUGAGGAUUCAAUUAUAUUUGAGACCGAAAUCGAUAUGUAUACACGGGUCAUACCACGUUUCGAGCAGAUUUUACGUGACAUUGGCGAUGAAACCGUGUUGCGUGCGCCAAUACUCUUUCAUGAACUGAGCCCGCAAAAAAUUAUCAUAUUCGAAGAUAUUGUGCCACUGGGCUAUGAAGUGCUGCGUGAUCGUUAUGUAAAUAAAGAGGAGCUUGAAGCGGCCUACACCAAACUGGCCAAAUGGCAUGCCAUAAGCUAUAAGAUAAAUUUGGAAGAACCACAAUAUUUCGAAAAUUAUCGCCAAGGUUUACUGGCUAUGCCUAAGAUCGAGGAAAAUGAAUUUAUGCCACAUGGUGUUGGGCUACUGAUUGAGCAGUUGGAGACAAUGCCACAAAUGUGUAAAUACGUUCCAUAUAUCAAGUCGAUUGAGCAAGAUCUGUUUAAAGGUGCCAUCGCCGCCUUCAGGGAAUAUCACGAGGCGCGCAGAGAAAACGCCUACUAUGUGCUCUGUCAUGGUGAUUUCCACAACAAAAAUAUGAUGUUCAAACAUGAUGCGAGCACGGGAAAACUGGUGGACGUAAUGCUAUUGGAUUAUCAGCUGAGUUAUGUCGGUCCAAUGAUAAAUGAUCUAAUUUACUCGUUUUUAUUUUAAGGGAAGUGUUGAUUUAUUGAUAAUAAAAUGUUGUUUUAUAGUUUCUAUAUAGUAUUCUAAAUAGUAUUCUAUAGUUUAUUGAAAAAAAUCAUAAUAGAUAAAAUUUAACGCAGCUUAACAGUAAA